GUUAUCGCCAUGUCAGGAACCGGCAGUUCCAUCUCGGGCGGACGCGAAGCAGGAUUCGCACGGACAGAUCCAGGAGGGUGGUUUUUCUCGAGCGGCGCGAGUUUCCUUCUCCCUGUCGAUCCUCGUCGAUCGGAUACGCGUUCGGGACCGUCGAGUACAAGUAUGCGGAAAGAGCGUAGGUCGAAGGCCGUUUGAAGAUGCAGCUUCGAUCGGCCACUACGCGCGGAACGAAUAUCCAUCGGUCGCGUCCUCGUCGCGUCGCUCCGCGUCGUCGUCGUCAUCGUGACGGGACGUCGUCGCCGCUUGUCGUCGACCCGCGAAUCGGUCCCACGGGACCCGUAAACGCCGAGGAAUGCUCGCGGAGAUGGUCCGGCUGUCCUACCAGCACAGGGCGUUCUACUGCUACGUGAUUCUGAGCGUGUGGAUCUUCCUUCUGGUCGCUGGCAUGUACAAAUAUAUCGGUGUGGAUGAGAAAACUUCGGUGCAAACGAGAGUCUUAAAUAAUGAUCUGUCGCUCCGUGAAUUCCCGAGAAAUUUAAGAUCGGACGCGAAGACAAAGAAGAUCUUUCGUUUUUGUAAUUUACCGCACGAGAUAGCUGCAGAGACUGAAGGAAAACUCGACGCCAACGUGACACUAGGAGGCAUCCUGAUUUUCAUCCGUCACGGUGACAGAGGUCCUUUGAAUCACAUACGGAAUAUAAGCAGCAUAAAUUGCGGCGGCGAGGCCGGAACCGGUGGCAUUUCGGAGCUGGAAACGCUCUACGAGAAUUAUGUCAAUUUCGUGCAAAACGUGUCGAGCUACUCGAAGACGGCCUGGGCCCAGUUUCUGGGUCCGUUUCACGGCCUACCCGUACUUCCGGCGAACGCGCGCGACUGCAAGAUUGGCCAGCUGACCACCCUCGGAAUUCUACAGCUGCUGAAGACCGGGAUCCUGUUGAGAAACGCUUAUUAUCACAGACUCAAUCUCGGCAACGGCACCACCUUCGGCAGAGACGUCAUCGUCUACAGCACUUCUUAUCGUAGGACCGUGCAGAGUGCCGUCGCGUUGCUCUAUGCCCUCUUCGAGAACGACGGUUUCCAGAGUCUGGCGAGGAUCAGUCUGCAGGAGAGUCAGAGCUAUGCGUUUUGCAACAACGAAUGCGCCUGUCCUGCCGCUGAGAAAUUUCUGAAGCAGCACAUUAAGGAGACUUCCAACCAUCUACGAUCCCAUCCAGCCGUGGGUGAGCUGAUCAAGCAGGCGGCGAGCGCCGUAUUCGAGCUUCCCGAUCAAGCGCAGACGUACGACCCGAACACCCUGAGGGACGCUUUAUUAACGUACGUGUGCCACGGAGCAUCCCUGCCGUGCGCCGACCUGUCGGAGGACGCGUUAAAGGCGAGCACGCAGAGGACGUGCGUGAAGAGCGACCACGUUACCGGGUUGUUCGCCUACACGGACUGGGAGUCCAAGCAGGUCGCCAAGAGCAGCAGUCGCAACAAGUACGGGCUGCUCAAGGCUUACGGGAUGCUGCGAGGCAUCGUCACCUUUAUGCUACGCAUCAUUUCCGAGGCCAGGCCCAAGAUCGUCCUCUACUCCGGCCAUGAUAAGACCUUGGAGUACCUGGCCACGGCUCUCGGAGUGGUCUCGGAUGUGGCGACCCAUUACGCUUCCAGACUGAUCAUCGAGAUCUACAAGAUCAAUCCGAGGAACGAUAAUCGCCUCGCCAGUGACUUCUACUUCCGCGUCGUCGCCAACGGUCGGGAUCUCACGCCGAAGAUCCCGUUCUGUAGGAACGCAAACACCUACGUCAGCGAUGAUGGGGAACUAGGAACGGGCAAGAAGGGCGUCGUCAAGUUGUGCCCGAUAGAGAACAUCGUUCGACAGCUGCACGAUGAUUAUUUCGUGCCGUUCAACGCGACGAACUUUAAGGACGCUUGUUCGAGUCACAAGAUGCGCUGAAAUUAAAGAACAGUCUCCUCUAUAAGAAAGUAGAUGAGUUAAAAAGGAAUUGAAAAAGAAUUGUUUGAUAUAAUAUACCUUAUUCCCUCAAAAUUCUAGUACUCUAAGAUUUUUAACAUUUUUAUAGAUUCUUCCUUUUAUCUCUCUUUAUUCUUACCCAAUAUAAUGGCACUAUGUAGUUACUCUAUUAGUAACUAACAAGUACCAAAUACAUGUGAGAAAUAAACAAAUUUUUCUAUUUGAUAUAUAUCUAUAUAUAUCUCAAUUUUUCAGAUAAAAGAUUUAUCUCUUCUCUUGUAAUCCUAAUAGCUCCGUGUCUUGGAGGAUAAAAUUUAAUGAAUAGAAAUAAAAAAAAAAAAUAUGAAAAAGCAUUCAAAAUAUAUAAACAGUUUCUCGUUAUAGGGAUUAGAAGUUUAUGACUUUGCAAAGUGAAUUCUUAUCAAUUCUUUUUAAUUCAUUUACUUUUUGCAUGGCGAUUAGAUCUAUCGAUCGAAUGAGUUUCUGACUUGCACUAUGUGUCGUAGCAAAUAAGCCAACGUGAAAGUAAUUAUUAUAUUAAUAUUCGAGAAAAACUUAAUCCUUAAAUUUUUCCAGUAAACUUUCUUAUGUGGUGUGGCUUACACAGCCACACUUACAAUUAGAACGCAGUCUUUCCACUUGACAAGAAAGUAAUUCAUCUUGAUUCUAUCAUCAAAUAGUUGUAUAGAAAUAUUCGAAACAAACCCAGUAAAUUUUUUUUUACAUCUCGAUACAUCAACGCACUUAAGAGAAAAUUUAAGAUUGUCAAAAAUUAUAAGAAAAUUGAAAAAGAAACCAAAAAGAACGAAAUAAAUAGUUCAUAAGUUGUCAUCUUAGCAAGGAACAAGAGCCUUAUCUUUAUAGAUCACUCAUCUAAAACUUUAAAUUAAACUAUCUUUAGAUAAAUCGAGAAGCGAUAGUGCUAAUUAAUCGAUUAGUCGAUUAUCACAUAUAUUUUAUCAUACACUCUAAUGUAUAUAUGUAAAUAUA